AUGGAAGGAAGUUAUGUGAUGGCUGUAGGAAAUCUGAGUCUGGAGACAACUUUUGCCCUCUUAGGUUUCACAGACUUCCCAGAGCUUCAGAUACCUCUCUUUCUCAUCUUUCUGCUCAUGUACAUUAUCACCGUGGUGGGAAACCUUGGGAUGAUAGUGAUCAUCAACAUCAACCCCAAGUUCCAUACCCCCAUGUACUUCUUCCUCAGUCACCUUUCUUUUGUUGACUUUUGUUACUCUUCCAUCGUCACCCCCAAGCUGCUGGAGAACUUGGUCUUGGCGGAUAAAAGCAUCUUCUACUCCAGCUGCAUGCUGCAGUACUUCCUGUCCUGCACGGCUGUGGUGACUGAGUCCUUCCUAUUGGCAGUGAUGGCCUAUGACCGAUUUGUGGCUAUCUGUAAUCCCUUGCUGUAUACAGUGGUCAUGUCACAGAGACUCUGUGCCCUACUGGUGGCUGGGUCAUAUAUCUGGGGUAUGUUUGGCCCCUUGGUCCUGCUUUGCUAUGCUCUUCGGCUGAGCUUUUCUGGAUUUAAUGUAAUCAACCACUUUUUCUGUGAAUAUACUGCCCUCAUUGCUGUCUCCAGCUCUGACAUCCGUGUCCCACACUUGCUGCUUUUUGGCUUUGCCACCUUCAAUGAGGUCAGCACACUACUGAUCAUCCUUACCUCGUAUGUGUUUAUUUUUGUAACUGUGUUAAAAAUUCGUUCUGCCAGUGGGCGUCACAAAGCCUUCUCCACCUGUGCCUCCCACCUGACUGCCAUCACCAUCUUCCAUGGGACGAUCCUUUCUCUCUACUGUGUGCCCAACUCCAAAAACUCCCGGCAAACAGUCAAAGUGGCCUCUGUGUUUUACACAGUCGUCAACCCCAUGCUGAAUCCCCUGAUCUACAGCCUGAGGAACAAAGAUGUCAAAGAGGCUGUCUGGAAAUUGGUAGGGGAAAAAGUACCAUUUCACUGA